UUAACAGUUUUGCGAUAGAUAUAAAUUGGCUCCAAUAAAGUAGGUAGUCUAUAUAGAUAAAAAGCAGAUGCUGUAAGCCGGUAUAAUUUAUACUUAUAGCGUAAAUGUAAUAAAAUAAGAGCCGCUUCCGACAGAGACUAAUAAAUAUGCCCGGGCAUAAUGCAAUUUCCCGUCGUCCUCACUGAAACGCCAUUCUUUUCAGCAGAAAGAAUUUCUGCAUUUUGUCAAACACUUUUACCGACCGCUGCUUAUAUAUGAGGAAGAUAUUUUAGAGCAAAAUCGAGCAUGUCUAGAAGACCCAGCAUUACUAAUGGAAAGCAUAAGAAUUGGUCAGGGACAAAGAAAAGCGUGGCUGCUGCUGUCUACGAUGAUGGAUACGUAUCUUACUUUUGGCAACCACAUACUUUGCUGGUGCUUCUCAUUGGACUGGCCAUGUUAGCCUACGCUGCGUUUUUCGCAAAUCAGAAUAACGGGCGAGAGUAUAACACUAAACGUGGUAUUAUUGGAAUCAUUAUCGCGUUUAUAACGUUUGGUAUUACGCAAGCGAAAGAUGGUCCAUUUAUCAGACCCCACCCAGCGUUUUGGAGGCUUGUGCUAUGUAUGAGUGUGGUGUAUGAACUAAGUCUUGUGUUCCUGUUAUUACAAACUGUAUCUGACGCAAGGUUUAUGCUUACAUACAUUGACCCGACACUUAAUGCACAGCUGGACUUCAAAGCUUACGGUGGUGAAUGCACAAUAUGGGAUCCUAGCCACCCUAACGGAACUUUUCACAACGUUGUAGAUAAAAUGGACUUGUUUGUUCCUGCACACCUCAUCGGAUGGUUUUUCAGAACUUUAGCAAUUCGUGACGUUUGGCUGACCAACAUCUUAAGCUUUACUUUCGAACUGUUAGAAUAUACAUUCGAACACCAACUGCCUAACUUUUCCGAGUGCUGGUGGGACCAUUGGGUUAUGGACUUUAUAGUUUGCAAUGGCUUGGGCAUAUACUUAGGCUUGCAGUGCCUGAACUAUUUAUCUUUGAAAGAAUAUCGCUGGUAUGGUCUAUGGAACAUACCCACAUAUACAGGGAAAGUGCGCAGGGUGAUCAACCAAUUCGGGCCAUAUAACUGGCUUGACUUUAAAUGGAGACCAACAGAGAGUAUUUUUCGUUGGAUGAUUGUAUCUCACGUCGGGUUCUCUUUCCUCAUGUUUGAUUUGAAUACAUUCUAUUUGAAAUUCGUAUUAUGGAUACCAUCGGACCACCCGCUGAUUUCGGUCAGGAUUCUAUUUAUGAUUCUGUGCGCUGCGGUAACGGCAAGGGAGGAAUAUGAUUACGCCAGCGGAAUGUCGAAUAUGAUUGGUCAGCAAAGUUGGAUGGUAAGCUCAAUUCUCAUGACAGAGUUGGCAAUUGUGGUCAAAUUUGGAGGGGAAUUGCUUUCAAUGCCGAUACCAACUUAUAUUAGUUGGUUUUGGUGGGCCGCGUUUGUCGUUUACGUUACUUUUACUAUUUGCCAAUUCAGAAUGAAAUUCUCAAUAGACAAAUAUUGGGCAAAAUUUUUAACUUUCUGGAAUGUAAAUUGCAACAAAAUAACAAAAAAAUGAAUAGCCCAUAAUACUCUGAACAUGAAUGAUUGGAUAAAGGAUGUAACACUCAUUUCCUUAUCGUAAACGUUGGCCUAUAUAAAGUAUAACAGUGUAUACGCAAGCUAA